GGGUAUCUUCGACGCUUGCCUCCUCGUGCAUUACAGUAUCGUCUCUGAAGGCUCGAAGCGCCGCUUACAUGCAUCGCUAUGCUCGCGCGAAUCUAAGACUACAGGGGUUCUUCAAGGUUCCGAGGAGAGCCUCCUCCGGGAGUGCGUUGAAGGAGCACGCGUCUCGUCAUAAUGGUGACGUGCCGAAGGAACCGCAACCUCUGUUGAAAGCGCCCUGGUGGCAUAGAGCGGCUUUUUGGCUAAGGGUAACGCUUGUCCCUGGGUUUCUUGUUUAUUCUGUCUUCUACGCUGACUGGGGCGAGGGUGACCAUGUGUUCAGACCCCCGCGGAAAUGGCUGGAACAGCAGAAGGCUGCGUUCUUCAACCUUUCACCAGAGGAGCGCAAGCUUGUAGAGACGGACAUGGCAGAGUCACCUGCUGCACCAGCAGCUGACGCACCCACAAAAAGUUGAACUAGUUGGACCCACACUGUCACUCUCGGACCAAGUGUGAUGUAUAGUUCAACGCGCACGCUCUCUCCGCUGCUCACAUGGAAAGGCGAGACUUCUGGCCGCAAGAUGCGAAUCGGCAUGAAGAGAGGCAAAGGAGAGGUACGCAGGACUUCAGCGGGGUGAUGCGCUACCGGGAGAUUUGGACACAUUUGUGUAUAGACAUGGAUGGAUUCGAGGCACACGAAGGAGUAUCCGCCAGGCAGGAUGUCUGUACUGUGCCAUUCACGUACCAUAUAGCAUAGCUCCAGUCCUCUAAUAUUUCGAAUGUGCAUGUAAGCCCCGUCGCGAAUCCGAAUGCAUGAAUUGUGAGAUA